AUGUCACGCGAAGAGUUGUUGGUCUUGCGAAAGACCCUGAAAGACCUUUUGGAUAGAGGGUUCAUCCGAGCGAGUAGCUCGGCGGCCGCAGCGCCGGUGCUGUUCCGCGACCGAUACCCGCUGCCACUCAUCGCCGAGACGUUGCAGAACUUGGCCAAGGCCAAAUGGUUUACCAAGUUAGACGUCGUAGCCGCCUUCCACAAGAUCCGCAUGGCCCCCGGGCACGAAUGGAAGACGGCAUUCCGCACGAGCGUGUUGCGCGAGUGGCUGGACGAUUUCGUCACGGCGUACCUAGACGAUGUGUUGAUCUAUUCGAGUGGUUCAAAGGCUGAUCAUGAGGCCAAGGUGCGAAAGGUUCUCCAAGCACUCGCCGACGCCGGCCUACAUCUAGACCCAGCGAAGGAAGGGAAUCGCGUGCGACCCCGAGAAGCAGCGCGCCAUCCGCGAAUGGGAAGCCCUACCACGGAAGGCCCAGAUGGACGUCGACACUCAUGCGCCUUCUUCUCGAAGCGACUUUCGCCAGCGGAGUACAACUAUCCCAUUCACGACAAGGAGAUGCUUGCCAUCAUGAGAUGUCUCGACAACUGGAACGCCGAACUUAGGAGCUGCGGCCCAUUUACAAUCCUUACCGAUCACCGCAACCUGGAGUAUUUCAUGACACGCCAGAAGCUCACGGAACGGCAGAGCCGUUGGGCAGCCGAAUUGUCCCAGUUCGACUUCAAGCUCGAGUAUCGACCGGGAAGCGAGGCUGUCGUGCCUGAUGCGUUGUCCCGCCGUGAACAAGACAAGCCACAGGGCAUUGACGACGAGCGGGAACAAGGAAGAAUGAUACAGUUGAUACCGGAUAGUGCCAUUCCAUCAUCGACAAGAGCAUGUAUCAACGCGAUGAGUUCUGACUGUUCAGAGGCAUCCACCCUGCCGAAGAUGAAGGUCUUCGAGGUAGCGGACCUGCAGCAACUCUGGGACGAAACGGUGGCGAAGGACUCGAUAUUCCGGGCAGCCUAUAAGGCAGUCCGCGAUCGCGAGCGUGCCUUCCCGCCCUCGCUGGGCCUGAAGAUCCAGAUUUCAGAAUGUGCGAUCGACGUAGGCAAAAGGCUGACAUUCAGAGACCGUAUUUGGUCGCAUGACUCUGUUGCGACCGGUCAUCCCGGCAGGGAAGGUACGCUGGCUAUUGUGGCUCGGCGAUUCUACUGGCCUGGGCAGUCCCAGCUGGUUCGCCGUGCCAUUACCGAUUUCAUGGAAUGCCACGGUCCAUCGUCAGCGACCGCGGAGCAACUGGCUAAGUAG